AGUUGAAAGUUAGCUAGUGUUUUCUUAGCAUGUUCUACGAAGUUUCUCUUGACUUACUUGCCAAUUUCCCAUUUGCUUCAGUCAUCAGGAAAACAAGUUUCCCAUUGAAUACCUUUAGCUUCAUUUGUUGAGUCUUCAACUCUGAAUCUAACUUCUCUCUUUACAAAACAAAAAGGGAAAAAAAAGAUUGCAUUUAGAUAGGAAAUUUGCUGAUCUUGGUUAUCUUCUUGAGGUUACUUCAAGGCUUAUUUUUCACUGUAAUCAGAAUCUUUGAAGAAAUAUUGGUACUGAAGCCAAUUUUAUUGGCAUUUCUAUAGUCCAGGGACUUGCUAAUGGAGAUGUUAGGCGCAAUUCUUGAGCUUGGAAAAACGAUAUUGGCUCCGAUUAGUGAAUAUUACAAGUAUCACAGAAGCGUUGAUGAACAUAUGAAAAAUCUCAAGAGAAAACGAGACGAUUUAGAAUGCAAAAAGUCAGACAUUGAAUCAAAAAUGAGAGCAGAACUUCUUCCAAGAAAGAAACCAAAAAGAGAAGUUGAAUUUUGGCUCCAAAAGGUAAAAACGAUUAAUGUGGAAAUACAAAACACUGAACAAGAGGCUGAAAGAGGGAAGUAUUUCUCACGUAUGCAUGUAGGAAAAAUUGCUUGCCAGAAGAUACAAGAAGUGACAGAAUUAAUUGAUCAAAGUUGUGGUUUCGGUGAAAGUUUAGUAAUUGACCCACCUGUAAGCUAUGGAGAUGAAUUGCCAACUAGGGCAUUAGUGGGAGAGAGGACAGCUGAAAUAACAAUGGAAAAGAUUUGGAAACACUUGUUAGAUGAAGAUUGUGGAAUGAUUGGUGUUCGUGGUAUGGGAGGGGUUGGUAAAACGACUAUCAUGAAACAAAUCAAUAAUCGCCUGUUAAAAGAGAGAGACAAGUUCAAUCAUGUAAUUUGGGUUACUGUAUCAAAGGCAUUCGAUGUUAUCAAACUACAAAAUGAAAUUGCCAGCAUGUUGCAUCCAAAUCCUUUAAAGUCUGAGGAUGAAACAACAAGGGCAGGCAAGCUGUAUGCAGCAUUGAAAGAAAUGAAGAAGUGUGUGCUAAUUCUAGAUGAUUUGUGGAAUGCAUUUCCACUGGAGAAUAUAGGGAUCCCAGAGCCUACUUCAGAAAAUGGGUGCAAACUGGUAUUGACAACUCGAGAUGCUAAAGUUUGUGAUGGAAUGAAUUGUAAAACUAUUAAAGUGGAGCUUCUUUCGAUAAAAGAGUCGCAUGAUUUGUUCUUGAAAACAGUGGGCUGUGAUGUUUCAAAUAUUCCAGAAGAUGUUGUGGAAGGCGUUGUCAAACAAUGUGCUCGUUUGCCUCUUGCAAUCAUCACAAUAGCAGGAAGUUUAAAAAAUGUAGUUGAUGUUUUUGAGUGGAGGAACACAUUGAAUGAGUUGAGGAAAUCAACAAAAGGGUCGGCACAUGUAGAUGCUCCAGUAUUUAAGAGCCUUCAAUUCAGUUAUGUACGCUUAAAAGAUAAGAAACUUCAAGAUUGUCUCUUGUGUUGUGCACUAUACCCUGAAGACUAUGAGAUUUACAGAGAUGAGUUGAUAGAGCAUUUGAUUGGUGAGAAAGUAAUAGAAAGCAUGAAGAGUAGGCAAGAAGAGUUGGAUCAGGGGCAUACUUUGUUGAAUAAGCUUGAAAAUGCCUGCUUAUUAGAAGGUGGGUCUAAAUAUGUUGAAAAAAGGCGUUUUGUGAAGAUGCAUGAUCUAAUAAGAGACAUGGCCCUCCAGAUUGCAGGUGCUAAGUUCUUGGUAUUAGAAGAUGUUCCAAAUGAAGAAGAAUGGGGAAAUGAUGUUGAAAAGGUUUCUUUGAUGUGCAAACGUGGUUCAAAAUUUCCUGAUGUGUCACCAAAAUGUCCUAAGCUUUCGACCUUGCUUCUACGAGGAUAUGUAAAGAUCAUCCCGGAUUCAUUUUUUGUGCACUUGCAUGGACUCAGAGUUCUUCAUGUAGAUUGUCUUGAGUUUAAAUCUUUACCAAAUUCAGUCUCUGACUUGAAGCAUCUUACUUCAUUGAGGCUUAACAAUUAUGAUUUGAAGUGUGUGCCUUCAUUAGCAAAGCUUACAGCAUUAAGGAGUUUGGAUCUUUCGGGAGGAUCACUGGAAGAAAUGCCUCGUGAUUUGCAAAUGUUGGUCAAUUUGAGAUACCUUAAUGUUGGUAGUUUUAUAACGAAUCAAGAGAAGAUGCCACCAGGGAUUUUACCCGAACUCUGUCAACUCCAAGUCCUCAAAUUGCCUUUGUUUUGCUUAGAAGUUAAUGGAGAGGAGAUGGUAAGGUUGAAGAAAUUAGAGAGUUUUGAAGGCGCAUUUGAUGGCGUUAAAGGCUUCAAUACAUAUGUUGAAUCCUUAGAGGAGGGAGGACCUAGCCAUUACACAUAUGUCGUGAAUGAAAAAAAGCCAGCUAGCCAGCUGGGUGUUGCCGAGUUGGGCGAAAGUGUAAUUUUAAGUGACUGCAAUAUAUGUCUACUCCCAAAAGACGUUCGUGCCCUAAUAAUUUGCGAAUCUAUAAUUUAUGGUAUGAAGGUAAUUUUCGGUGAGUCUUGGAAAAAAUCUGUUUGGUUUAAAAAGGGGUGUGAAGAAAUAGAAUACAUUAAUUCUUAUUUUGAAACCUUUUCUCUUCGAAGCCUUGAGAUUCUAGAUCUCUUCGGAUUGAAUAAUUUAAAGGGACUGUUUAGAGAAGAGAGAGUCGCACCAGCACCGGUCGUCCCCCUCGGCACCUUUUCCCGCCUCAAACAAUUUUCAAUAUCUGUUUGUCGGAAUAUAAAGAAGCUCUUCACGCCCGGGUUGAUGCAAAACCUGGAAAAUAUUGAUGUUUAUAACUGUACGCAAUUAGAGGAAAUAAUAGGUGGGUCUGAAGCAUCUGAUGAAGUUGAAGAAGAAGAAGCAAAAGAAAUUGUGAAAAUAUUCCCCCGAUUGAGGAAUUUGAGAUUACAGUAUUUACCGGAGCUGAAGACCAUAUGCAGUAGCAGUAAUGUAAUACUUUGUGAUUCUCUCAAUUACAUUGAGAUCUCCGGAUGUCCGAAGCUUAAGAGAUUACCUCUUUCUCUGCACCUUAUUGAUGGAGAACUAUCUUCUCCGCCUUCUUCAUUACAAAUCAGAAUAAAGAAAGAAAGGUGGGAAUCGCUGGAAUGGGACAAUCAUGAUAUGAAGAUAGUCCUUGAACCUUUCAUUGAAUGGUCGCAGUGAAAUCUCAAGAAUCGCAUGACUCUUCCUCUGAUACGUCAUCAAGCCAAAGCCGACUCAAGAAAUAAUUGUAUGGCGCCGCAACUAGAACUUGGCUCUCAAAUGUGUUUCCGUGUAAUUCUUAGCUCUUUUGGUUCUGAUUUGCUUUUUAUUUGAACUUUGUUGUGUUAUGAUUUAUGAACAUGUGUUCUUCUCUUUGGCUGAGUGGGAUGAUCUUCUGUAAUAAAUUGAUACUCCAUGUUAAUUUGUUUAGUAAUUGUGAAAGGAUUCAAACAUUGUCUGUUUCUGCUUUA